AUGAUCCUCACGCUCGAGAAAAUCCCAAUCAAUCGUGCCCUCAAGUCCCAUCCUCUCGACCACUUCGUCCUCGUGUCAAUCGACCAGUUCCGCCAAUUGAAAACCCGACAAUCCGAUGAAGUUAUUCGCGCCGAAGGCCAACUCCAGCCCUCGAUAUGGUCAGAUUGCACCGCCUACGUCACGCGCUUUCUCCGAGAGGGGAUAUCCAUUCAGGGUGUCCAUUACAACUUUUAUGGACACAGCAACAGCCAGCUGAAGUCCCGAUCGUGCUUUCUCCUCGCCGGGCCUAAGGAUGAAGUGUCCCGAACCGUCGAGGCGCUGGGCGACUUUAGCAAGAUGAAGACGGUCGCGAAGAAGGCGAAAAGGAUUGGCCUGCUAUUUUCGGCCGCACAAGUCGCGACAACUGUGCCUUACGAUCGAGUUGAAGACAUUUCUGACGUUGAGAGCCCGGAUUAUCCUUACACGUACGGUUUUCUCAAUGACGAGGCCAUCAUACUCCUAGAAUCCGUCGGUAUAGAUCGAUCGAUCCUACUGAGAAAGCAAGAUGAACAUUUCAACCUUCUCGCCUCCGCCCGUACCGAUUUCCGCGCCGCUUUCUGCUUUCUAUCAUACAUAAACAAGCCCCAGCUAGCCGAGAAGGUCCUUAUGGAAGGAGUCGAGUCGACGCAGAGCCAGAUCAAGAAGUUCGUCAAUGCCGAAUUCGGCAAGAUGUUGAACAAGAAGGAAGAGCAGAAAUGCCGCAUCUUCGUCCGAAAGUCCCGCUUGCUGUUCGGAGUCUGUGAUGCGUGGAACGUCCUCAAGGAAGGGGAGUGCGCUGUCAAGGUCACGAUGGAAGGCAACGGUGUUCCCUACGCCCUCAAGAAUACCGAAGUCUCCGUCAUUCGAAACCCUUGCCUUCAUCCAGGAGAUUGGCAAAAGUUCAGAGCUGUGGAGGUUGCUGAGUUGGCUCACUUGGUGGAUUGUAUCGUCUUUCCGACGCGGGGCAGGAGACCUGCUGCCGACAUGAUGUCUGGAGGCGAUCUUGAUGGAGACCAAUUCUUUGUUUGCUGGGACAUGGACCUGAUCCCCCCAAAGCUCUCCGAGCCCGCUCUGUACCCCGGCGUCCGCGAGCCAUUACGCUUCAAGCCCAUCACAGACGACGACCGCCUAGUCUAUUUUGCAAAGUAUACCAAUGCAUCUCUCGGCCAGGUCAAGAAUCUCUACCUCGGUUGGGCUAGGGCAAUCGGACCAAUGAGUCCCGAAUGCCAGGAGCUCAAUCGAUUGUUCUCUCAGUGCGUCGACGGGAAUCGAAUCAAGAUCCCGGAAAGGUUAAAGACCCCGCCGAAUCCACCACCGGAUGCACCCCGAUUCAUCCUUGAUGAGCUCCAUAGUCGAGCUAAAGAGUCGAUACGCCAGCAUAACCAAGCGGCAGCACAACAGGACCAAGACUGGGACGGGUAUGAGCCCGAUGCGGUGGAACUGCUUUUGGCCCAUGACGAUAUCGCCAUGUCAGAGUUUGAGGUGUUCAAACUCGCACUCCGAUGGUGUCAGCGCAAUGAGGGCUCCAUCGAGGAAUUGCUUCAUUUAUUUGACUUCAACGCCCUCACCGCGGAAGAGAAGGCAUGGGUCAUCUGUCGCCUUCCGCCCUCUAUCAGCUCGCCAAGCCUCAUCAUGAACGCCUUAUGCUCUUCGAAUCUACUUAACGAAAGCGAGCUUAGCCAAUACCAGCUAGACAUUCCAAGGGUACGAUGGAAACGGGUGUACGAUUCCGAACGAGGAGAUCGACUGGCCACAUUCCUGAACGCAGCGACCAAAUACCUCGAACUAUUCCACCGCAAGCUCAUCGUGUUUCGGCCUGACGAAAGGCUCACUCUUGCCAUCUAUGUCCCCCAGAAAAUCGACCGUGCCCAGGACUGCGUCGUGGACGAUAAAGUCCGACUCUUUGCCUUUCCGCACUCACAGGGUCACGAGAGACAGAGCCGACUGUCGUUACCUACGAAGAUGACGUACCGCCUCUACAGCGAUGACAACAUUUUCCAGCUGUUUGAGAACGCUCGGAGUAAUUCGUGGAUCUUUAUCUCGCGGCCCGGAUCGAAUGAUAGCGAGUAUCGGAACAUUGCUGACACUGGUGAUAGGAGACGAGCGAAACAAGCAACUAUCGAUGCAGGGAUUAAUUUUGAGAUACGUGCAAGUAUUGCAUUGGAUAAGUUUAGCAAGGGCCUCCAGAGGCAUGUCGGCCGAGAAAUCUACAUAAUUAGCAAUAGAGACGUCAAGUCCAUGCAAAACCUCGAUCUUUGGCUCGAAUACAUAUCGACCGGCGAGAGGAUGCCUCUGGUCCAAGAGACCGUCAAGGAUUACACAAUACCGAAACUGCAUGAGAUCCUGUCACCCUCGAACAACCCCCCGAAGUUUCUGGUUCAGAUAUUGAAGCAUCACAAGGUCUCGGUUGUGCAAGACUUGGAAGGAGUUGACGGCUUUCUUCUCGUUUUCAACUCUCUUUUGCAGCUGGAUGAUAAGGCGACGUUACUUCGCAUCUUCGACCACUUACUAGUAAACCUUCACCUCGUUCGCUGUGACCCGAUCCUGGCGCUUGAUGCCAUGGUUGGAUUCUUACGGAAGGCUCCAUUUCUGGCAAUCUGCUUCGGGCGCUUUCCGGACUACGACAAAUUCCCCGAAGAGUUGGCUGAUGCUAUAAGAUCAUAUUUUCCGGUGAUCCUUCGAGCAUUUAUAUUGGCUGCAAACGACGCGAGCGAAUUCGUGGUCGAACCCUUCAAAGCAAUGCUCGCAAGGGUCCCGGACGGAAUGAUGCUAAUGAGAGAGUUUUCCGAGCUCGUGAGGCUCGCCUCGUUGACAGUUCGCUCGGUAGAACUAGUCAUGGAUCUCCUCCUUGCGUGCCUUGAGCCCGAGAGCGAGCGCGUUCUCUCAGCUGCCCCAGAAGUCACGCACCAUUUCGUCAGGAACAUGAUUGCUAUCGCCUUGGAUCACGUCGGAGAAGCAUCAGAACCCACGAAAAAGCCGAGGAGAUAUCUGCAACUGCGACCGACUGACAAGGAGGAAGAUGGAUAUCCCAUUAUAGAAGUGACGUUUCGCAUUGACGCUCCCGGCGGAACGCCAGAGCGUUCUUCCCACUUUGCUACCGAACGGGAGCAGUGUUGUCAGGUGGCAUCUUCCAUUCUAGGCAUGCCGUCUAGUGGCCUCGAUCUAGAGGUCGACCUUGGAAACGGAUGGCACCCUUUAGAGAAAUUGAACGACAGCCAGAACGCUGCCAUUCAAGCCGCUCUUGUGCAUUCACUGAUGUGCCUCUGGGGUCCACCUGGAACGGGGAAAACGGAGACAAUCGUGGAAACCAUAUGUGCCCUACAAGAAGCCCAUAAGGGCGCCAGAAUCCUUGUGACUGCCCCGACGCACAACGCCGUAGACAACGCAAUGCGGAGAUAUAUUCAACGUAUGAAGGAGCGAUCACACACAGGCGGUUUGCGCGCACUUCCAUUGCGUGUCUCUACCGAGGUUCGCAAAGUAGCAGAAGAUCUUCGCGGCUAUACAUGCGACGCAAUGGCCGAAAAAGAAGUCCACUCCGACUACAAAGCCAUGAACGAGGCGCGAAAAAGAGUAAAAGAAUCAAAGAUGAUAUUCACGACUUGCAUUGGUGCAGGAGUUGGGCUUUUACGCUCGGAGAAUUUCGAAAUCAUCAUCAUCGACGAGGCGUCUCAGCAGACGGAAGCCGCGUCUUUAGUGCCGCUGGUAAAGGGUUGUGGGAAGGUGAUAUUAGUAGGCGACCAUGUGCAAUUGAGGCCUACGGUUCAACAGCAUGCGGUUGCUGUUGGAUUUGAUGUGUCCCUCUUCGAGAGACUCUACAAGGAGCGAGGGACACCGCGAGACGAGACUGAAGAUACUCAAGAUGACGUCCACCACCGCACCAGCGGGAUCCAGCGACUUAUGUUGGAUACGCAGUACCGAAUGCAUCCUGAGAUAUUCUUGACGCCCUACACGCGCCAGGCGGACCUCUUAAAGCGCCUUACAUCUGGCUUCUCUGGGAUCGAGGUUUCAAGCAUCGACGGCUUCCAGGGUCGUGAGGCAGAUAUUGUUGUCUUCGUAACUGUGCGAUGUAAUGACCAUCGGGAGAUUGGCUUUCUGAAAGACUUGAGGAGGAUGAACGUCGCGCUGACGCGGGCGAGGGCUGGGCUGAUUGUUAUUGGGCAUAGAGGGACGUUGACUGAGGGGACGUCGGAUCCUGAGAGUGCCGAGAUGUGGAAGCGUCUCCUCGAUAGCCUGACCCACGUGGUGAUUGAACUAGAAGACGGCAAACAGGGGCCAUAG